ACACUUUUUUUUUUUUUUUCAAUAUAUACCAAAGUCGAGUGUUAAGGAUAAAGUCCUGAAAAGAAUAUACCAAGAAGAAAAAGAAGGCUCUGAUAAAGAGGAAGAAGAACAAAGGUUAAUUAAUAGUAGUGCAAGUGCUUGACCCAGUAGUUUUAUAUUUAUAUUUAUAAAUAUAUAUAUAUAUAUUGGUUUAACAUAUUAUUUUUUUAGAAUGCAAGUAUCUGGCUGGACUGGAUUAACUACAUGCGAAGUCAUGCCGAUACGUUUCACCCUUUCAGCCCAGAAGCUAAUAAUAUUAUAAGAUCUGGUAAUGGAAUAUCUCCAAACCCUAAUCUAGAUCGUGAUAUCUACAACAAGCAUAUGAAAAAUCGAAUUAUCAAAGGCAAUCAAAUGCCCCAGACCUUCCAUACAUAUAUUGACAAAUACGUUGAUUCUGAUGAUUUGCUGCUGGCCAAAAAGGUGAUCAAAUCUCUUUCAUUGUUUUUAUUAACGGAGAAAGAUAAUCACACUGAUACGCACGAUAUGGAAUUCUUGGAAUUGCUCCUCCAACAAACACAUAAAUCUUUUUCAUCUCAUAUUGAUUAUAAUACUACUGAGGAUGCAUUUAAUCAGCUCUUUGUCUGGCCGUACCUUGAUAUCAUUGGUAAGACUAUCACGCUCCAUAAUUGUAAAUCAGAUUUUGUGCAAGGACAGCCCUAUUUAAAGAGUAUGAGCAGACAAUUACAAGCUUGUAACCUGUAUAUUGAUGAUAAAAAUCAGUAUAAAUCUGACGGUUUAUUAAAGCUUUUCGGGUUGAAGGAAUUAGAAUUGUUGUUGGAGACCUCUGGUUGCCUUAUAAACAAAGAUAGAACUAAAACUAAUUUCGACCACCAUAAAGGUGUGUUUGGUACAUUGGCGAUGCUUAAAUGUAUCGCUGAUGAUUAUGCUUUUGGAUCAAUCGUAAAUUUUACAAAGGUUAAAGUAUUUUUUCUGCAUGCAGCAGACAGAGAAUUACAUUUCUGGAGUGUUUGCUAUCAAAAAGAAGAUGUUUUCGAUCUUUGGAGAGAGUCGUCACUUCUUAUCGAGCCAGACUUUCAAGACAAAGAAGAUUUCGUACCUAAUUUAAUUCAAUUCUGUUGGGAGGUUAAGUGUAAAAUAGAAGAGUCUGUACGAAAUAUUGUAGUUCUUAAAGAAGAACACGAUAAUAUAAAACGAAAUUACAGAUACAGCUCUAAACGGCCUGUACUUCUAAGUGAAAUAAUUAACCCAAUAAUUCUCAAGCUGACGCAAGAAGAAGAUAGCCUUGGAAUGUCUAAGCUGGGACCUAUUUACUCCCCUCCUCAUCCUUAAUAUUAUUUUUACUUACUGCUCUUUGUAGUUUUUAUAUGUUCUUCUAUUUCUUUGUAUAUGUAUCAUAUGAUUAUUAAAAAUACUAUUUCUAUAUGUUUAAAC